AAAUAAUUCAUUAAAAGAGAGGUGUCUUAUAUUACAUGUUUCACGUCCUUCAGCAUUCCAUACAUAUUAAGGUAUUGCGACGGUAAACGUGAGAUUGCAAACCAUCAAUCUCGAUCUGGAUCUACAUUUUAGGCGAACAAAUAUCAUAAUUUUGUUGUGUUUCAGAUUAUACUGCUUUGGUAUUGUGAGGAGGAGACCACGUUCUUUCUUUUUCUGACGGCAUUAUAUCGUAGAUACCAAGUGAGGCAUGUUUAACUUCAGUAGUUCCGGUGGUCGACGGCUGUGGACAGGUAUGAAAUGGGUCCUCUAUGCUGAGAUAGGAUUCUUUGGAGCUGCAUACUAUGUAUGGCACAGGAUGAACACUCAACAAGAUUUUAGGAAGUAUAUGCAUGAGAGUCAUCCAAAGGUUCUUGAAUUAUUCUACAAGGGGGCAGAAUUCGGAGGAUUUAAGGAUGCGAGACAGCAGGACUAUGCAACUUGGGGCAUCAGUAGUCAACAAACUGCUGAUGAGGAUUUAUGAAACCUACUGAGGAUUAUUAAAGGACUAAUACUAGAUAGACUUAAAGGCCCGAAUUCAUAAAGGUGGUUUUGAAAACCCACGAUUGAGUCCAUGGUUUAUGCAGAUUUCCUGUAUAGAUUACGCUUAAUUUAGUGCGUAUCUGGCGCGUG